AUGACCGAGCACCAUGAAAGCGAUAUUAAUCCUCUAUGGAGAAGCAAACAAAGCAGACCGUUUGAAAAGAAAUUCGAGGAAACGGCAAUUUUCAGUGGCAGUUCAAAUUGUCCUUUAGCUGAAAGUAUUGCUGACUGUCUGGGGACAAAAUUAGGUCGCGUUCGUCUGAAACGAUUUGCAGAUGGGGAAGUAUCUCUUCAGUUUUUGGAUUCUCUCCGAGGAAAGGACGUUUAUAUCGUUCAAGCGACAUCUCCGCCGGCCGUCAAUGACCAUCUCAUGGAGCUGUUAUUGAUGAUUUCAACAUCUCGGCGAUCGUCAGCAAAAAAAAUUACUGCCGUCAUUCCCUAUUAUGGAUACGCACGACAGGAUCGAAAACUUUCGUCUCGCGUUCCAAUCAGUGCUGCAGAUGUCGCAAGGAUGAUAGAAGCGAUGGGUGUGGAUCGCGUUAUUUCUGUAGAUUUGCACUCUGGACAGAUUCAAGGAUUUUUCGGUCCUCGUGUUCCUGUCGAUAAUUUAGAGGCCCAGCUGAUCGGUUUGGAGUAUUUCACUCAAAAGAAGCUUGACCGUCCAGUCGUUGUGUCUCCGGACGCUGGUGGAGUUUAUCGCGCGCGGAAGUUUCAAGAAGGCCUUCGUGCGAGGGGAGAAACGGACGCUGGAAUCGCGAUGCUUAUAAAACAGAGGGCACGUGCUAAUGAAAUCGAAAGGAUGGAUGUCGUUGGAAAUGUUGAGGGGUGUGACGUGAUUAUUGUGGACGACAUGAUCGACACGGCCGGAACACUUUGCGAGGCUGCGCAUCAAUUGCGCAAGUGUGGGGCUAAGCGGGUGUUCGCUUUUGCAACACAUGGAUUAUUCAGUGGACCUGCGCUGCAAAGAAUUGAAGAGUCGGUCUUGGAGGAGGUCGUUGUUUCUGAUUCUGUGCCGCUCCCUGCAGAAGCUCGCAAAUCGAAUCGGAUCACCCAGAUGAGCAUCGCACCACUCAUCGCUGAUGCUAUUCGGAGAAUUCAUCAAAAAGAAUCUUUGGAGCAGCUUUUUAUUGCAAAAUCCGAAUGA